AUGGCUGAGGAAGAUGUUGAGGAAGAUACUGGGAUGGGACUCAUGGGAGGUACGACUUCUGUCGCGCCGUCGCAGCAAGAGUCUCUUCAACAUUAUGAUAAUCAUUCGACAUCACAUCAAGAGACUCUUCGAUACUGCAACAAUCAUCCGCCAUCGCCAUCACCUCCACCAUCACCGAAUACAAGACUUGGCUUGGCCACUGAUACGUUCAUUUCUCAAGAUGAACCUUCAACCCCAACAGUAUCAUCUGAGUAUGAGGAAUUAUGUGCAAUCAUACAAAGGGACGCUGCAAAACGCAAUGCUGAUAAUGCUAAACUUUAUCUUGAUUAUGGUUAUAUUGAAUCCCCGGAUGGAUACCUAAGUUCGACUCAGACGAGUCGAUCUCAAUGUCUGAAUUCAUCUCCAAUGCCACAACAGAAUACUGCGAAUCUUUCACCAUCGCCGCCCCCAUCGCCAAUUUCAAAGGCUGGUUUGAUCGGAAAUACGAUGAUUCCUGAGGACGAACCCUCAGACCCAUCUACUUCAUCUACUUCAUCAGAAUAUGCAGAAUUGUCUGCAAUCCUGCAACGGGAUGCUGAAAAACUUAAAUCUGGUGAUUUUCAACGUACUGUUGAUUCCCUGGAUAUACUUCGACACUCGGCAACUAAAUCUCAACGUACGCAAAUAUUGAAAGCUCUGGAAGACAUAACCAAGAGUUUCCUAGCAUCUAGAGAUGCGGAAGCUGCUAAGUUUAAUGACGAGACACUUACGGAUAAUCCUGUGGAGGCAACCAAGUCUGAUUCUAGUAUCGCGCAAGAUCCGAAAGCCGAGUGCGGAGAACUCACCAAGUCGUUGAAUCGAGGAGGGACCUCAUCACUCCACACCUACGAAUCUGUCAACUUCCACAUCCUCCAUGGAUGCGAGAUCAAACAUGAUAAGGAGAUUUAUCCAUGGGGCUUCGAUCCCUCGUUUAUGAGCACGCUUCGAACAUGCGCCAACCAACGUCGUCGCGAAGAGAAAAGGGAGAGGCGCAACGAGCUAAAGAAGCUGGCGGAAAAAGGUAUCACCCAUGUGCAUAAAAAUCCAUACUUGUCGGAAGAUGUGAUUAAGGAAUGUGGAGCAGAGAGCUAUAGGGAUCUAGAAGGGAGGAUCAAAAUGGAGGAUAUGAGGGAUGCGGCGUAUUGGGAGAUGACUCGGCGACGCAUUGAGGAAGGACGUUCACGAAAACCGAAGUGCAAGAAACAGUUGUCGUCGUUGGAGAAUGAGUUGUGCAAACUCGAGGAUCAUUUGAUUCCGGAAGAUGUCGUGCCGUAUAUGCGAUGGGACAAUCACAGGGUUGUGCUUGAAUCCGAAUCGGUCACAGUGAGAAGGCGGGAGGAGGAAGCAGAGCGUAGAGAGAGGGAAACCAAGGAGGAGAAAAUCCGAAAGAGGGAAAAUAGGGAGAAGGAUGAUGCGGCGUGGGAAUCGAGAGAGAGGUCCACUUGUCGUGUAACACAGGCUUGGAUUGAUAUGGGUGCUGAUCUGGCUCGUGUUGGCAAAUGGGAUUGA